AUCUUUAAUCUUUUUUAAAGUUCCAAUAAUCAGGAGUCCAGGAAAUAAAGAAUUGUCGCACGACUCGCACACUCCGCUCUUGGUCUUCACUGGGUUUAGCAAGGGUUUACUUUUACUUUAAAACCCCAAAAUUCAGCCAUGGGAGCAGGUUUAUCAUCAUCAUCUGAAAACCCUAGCGCCACAACUAUCACUUUAAACAUGUCCACAUCUCCCCCAAACCCGCAAAACCCAGAUCCCAAAUCUUCUGAAAAUCCAAACCCAGAUCCCAAAAUCCCCGAAUCACAAUACCCAGAAAUCUCCAAUGAAACCGUCAACCCAGAUGAAAAGAGUCGGAAUAUCAACGGCGAGGAGAGAGAAAAUGGCGGAGAAGGAGAAGAAGAGGAAGAAGGGGAGUGUGGGUUCUGCUUGUUCAUGAAAGCGGGAGGUUGCAAGGAUGAGUUUAUAGCUUGGGAAAAGUGUGUGGAAGAUUCGGAGAAGAAUCAGGAAGAUAUUGUUGAGAAAUGCUUUGACGUUACUGGAAAUUUGAAGAAGUGUAUGAUUGCUCAUUCGGAUUAUUAUGAACCCCUUUUAAAGGCGGAGAAAGCUGCUGAGGAGGAGGUUAAGCAAGAAAUGGAGCGCGAGGCAGCGGAGGAGGAGACAGCAGAAGUUGAAGUUACACAGGAGGGUUAGUUUUAGGGGGUUUGAUAAUUUUUUGGUUACUGAAUUGGGAAAUUUGUUUCUAAUUGAUGGCGGAGGAAGCCAUUACUGUCAUAGAGGUAAAUUAAGGCAAAUUUUGAGUUAUGUGACAUCAAAGUUUUCUACUUGGUAGAGUUUAAUUUGUUGCUGAUUAAUAAUUUAAGUACACAUUUUGUUGUCCAGUUUAUGUGGACAGUGAUUAAUCAUGAAAUUACUAAAAUUAUUUC